GCCAAGAUGAGCAGCCCCGACAUUACUCUGUACACUGCCCAGACCCCCAAUGGAAUCAAGAUCUCCAUUGCGCUGGAGGAGCUAGGUCUGCCCUACAAGGUCGAGAAGAUUGACAUCUCCAAGAACACCCAAAAAGAGCCCUGGUUCCUCGAAAUCAACCCCAAUGGCCGGAUCCCCGCCAUCACCGACACCUUCACUGAUGGAGAGAAGAUCCGCAUCUUCGAAUCCGGCAGCAUCCUCACCUACCUGGUGGAACAAUACGACAAGGACCACAAGAUCUCCUACCCACGCGGCACGCGUGAGUAUUACGAGGUGAACAGCUGGCUCUACUUCCAGAACGCCGGUGUCGGUCCCAUGCAGGGCCAGGCCAACCACUUCUCCCGCUAUGCGCCCGAGCGCGUCGAGUACGGCAUCAACCGUUAUGUCAACGAGACCCGUCGUCUGUACAGCGUGCUGGACAAGCACCUUUCCACCUCUAAGUCCGGCUAUCUGGUCGGCGACCAUGUCAGCAUUGCUGAUAUCUCGCACUGGGGUUGGGUUGCUGCCGCCGGCUGGGCCGGCGUGGACAUCGAGGAGUUCCCGCAUUUGAAGGCUUGGGAGGAGCGCAUGGCUGCUCAUGAGGGCGUCGAGAAGGGCCGUCAUGUGCCCUCGCCGCAUACUAUCAAGGAGCUUAUCAAGGAUAAGGCGGCUGCCGACAAGCUGGCCGCUGAGUCUCGGUCCUGGAUCCAGUCGGGCAUGAAGGCUGAUGCGAAGCAGUAGCUUGUAAGCUUGGUCACUUUUACUGCAUAAUGACUUUAUAGAAUUCUCAUCUGGAGAUGGGAUGGUUAUGUAUUCCGUAUGCUGUCGAUAGG